AUGGGCGUCCCAGGCCCUCCUGGGGAGGGGAAGCACCUGAGGCUGGGCGCGAGCGAGGCGCACCCCCUCCCUGAGCGACGGCGGGCGCGCGCGCGGCCCCUUCUCCUCCCCUCGGCGCGCCUCCUCUCUCCAGGCAGAAAGUUAGCAGCGGGGAAGGAACUCCGGGCCGGAGCCACGCGCGGCGGCGGCGGCGGCAGAGGCUGGACCCCGAGCGGCGGCGGCCCGGGAGCGGGGGCUCUGCGGACGGAGCAGCCGCCGCCGCCUGGCGCCUCUGCUAAGGGGCCGCCGGCGCGCAAGCUGCUCUUUAUGUGCACCUUGUCCCUGUCGGUCACCUACCUGUGCUACAGCCUCCUGGGCGGCUCGGGCUCCCUGCAGUUCCCGCUGGCGCUGCAGGAGCCGCCGGGCGCCAACGCCGCGCCCCAGCCCAGCCCGCUGCCGCCUUCCCUGCCGCCUCCCCCCGUGCGCCCCGGCGCCCCCUCGCCGCCUCCGGACAACGCCAGCCUCGGGGAGCCACCCGCGCCCCCGGAGCAGCCCACCGUGCCCGGGGCCGACGGCUGGGGGCUGGCGAGCGGCGGCGGCGGCGGCGGUUCCUCCCGGGACGCCUGGCUCCGGACCCCGCUGGCGCCGGGCGAGAUGAUCACUGCGCAGGGCGCGCUGCUGGAGAGGGAAGCGCAGGAGUCCAGCACCACGGACGAGGAGCUGGCAGGCCGGAGGGCGGCCAACUGGAGCAGCGAGAGGGGCGGCGCCGCCAGCACCCCAGACUACGGGGAGAAGAAGCUGCCACAGGCGCUGAUCAUCGGGGUCAAGAAAGGGGGGACCCGCGCGCUGCUGGAGGCCAUCCGCGUGCACCCGGACGUGCGGGCGGUGGGCGUAGAGCCGCACUUCUUCGACAGGAACUAUGAGAAGGGGCUGGAGUGGUACAGAAAUCUGAUGCCCAAGACUUUGGAUGGGCAGAUAACCAUGGAGAAGACGCCCAGUUACUUUGUGACGAACGAGGCCCCCAAGCGCAUCCACUCCAUGGCGAAGGACAUCAAAUUGAUUGUGGUGGUGAGAAACCCUGUGACCAGGGCUAUCUCCGACUACACCCAGACACUGUCAAAGAAACCCGAGAUCCCCACCUUUGAGGUGCUGGCCUUCAAAAACAGGACCCUGGGGCUGAUCGAUGCAUCCUGGAGUGCCAUUCGAAUAGGCAUCUAUGCCCUACACCUGGAGAACUGGCUGCAAUAUUUCCCUCUGUCUCAGAUCCUCUUUGUCAGUGGUGAGCGACUCAUAGUGGACCCUGCAGGGGAAAUGGCCAAAGUACAGGAUUUCCUAGGCCUCAAGCGCGUUGUGACUGAGAAGCAUUUCUAUUUCAACAAAACCAAGGGGUUCCCUUGCCUGCAGAAGCCAGAAGACAGCAGCGCUCCGCGGUGCUUAGGAAAGAGCAAAGGUCGGACUCAUCCUCGCAUCGACCCAGAUGUGAUCCACAGACUGCGCAAGUUCUACAAACCUUUCAACAUGAUGUUUUACCAAAUGACUGGUCAGGAUUUCCAGUGGGAACGUGAAGAGAGUGGCAAUUGA